GAGGUUUUUAGCAGUGUGCUCCAGCAGUGGCUAUUUAGAAACCUGAGGCCAGUCUAUUUCUAUAUUAUAUUAUUUUAGAUACCUUUUUAAAGUGUCUGUUUUCCUUUCCAAAGGCCAGUUAUUCUAGGCACAGCAGCUCGUGGCUGCCUGCUUGCUUGCCUGCUUGCCUGUCUUAUUUUGCAAGGCUGCUGGGAGUUUUUAAGCUGUGUGAGAAUCCUGGGAGUUGGUGAUGUCAGACUGGUUGGGUCAUUUGAAGGUUAGCAGCCUGGGAAGGGUUCAUAGAAAGUUCACUCGCAUAUAUUAAGCAAUUCAAUCUUUCAUUCCGUGUGACACAAGUAGUAGGAAGUGAGCUGUUCGGAGGCAGAAGGAUCUAUUCACAGGCAAAGGGGGAUCCCGUGCUUCUAGCAAAGCCUGUUUUGCCAACAAAACUACAGCAUUGCACAGGAUACAAAAUAUUCAUUUAUUCAGGAUGAAACUGAGAGGCAAGAAGGCUGCUCAAAGAUUUGGGAGGCAGAAGAAUGAGAACUGAAACUUGGAAGGCUGUGUGUUUCCCCCCUCUGUUCUGCUGGAUUGACUGAACAGCCUGGAAAAUGGUAAAUGAUCAUUUGGAUCAAUUACAGGCUUUUAGCUGUGUUGUCUGUCAUAAUUCAUGAUUCUGGUCUGGGAAAAAGACCAACAGUCUACGUGCCAAAAAAGGGGCAGAGUUUGAUGGAGUUGGAUGUACUUUUAUAUGCCAUUUUCCUCCACACCCGAGAGGAAGGCACUUUUGCAGACAUACUGUAGAGGGGGAAUCAUGUUUGACUGUAUGGAUGUCCUAGCAGUGAGCCCUGGUCAAAUGCUGGAUUUCUACACUGCAAGUCCCUCUUCCUGCAUGCUCCAGGAGAAGGCUCUCAAAGCAUGCUUCAGUGGAUUGGCACAGACAGAGUGGCAACACCGGCACAGUACGCAAUCAAUUGAAACUCAGAGCACCAGUUCUGAGGAGCUUGUUCCCAGCCCACCUUCCCCGCUUCCUCCCCCUCGCGUUUACAAGCCCUGUUUUGUUUGUCAGGACAAAUCUUCUGGAUACCACUAUGGCGUCAGUGCUUGUGAGGGAUGUAAGGGUUUUUUCCGCAGAAGCAUUCAGAAGAACAUGGUUUAUACAUGUCACCGGGAUAAGAAUUGUGUUAUUAAUAAAGUCACUAGGAAUCGCUGCCAGUACUGCAGACUACAGAAGUGCUUUGAAGUGGGAAUGUCCAAAGAAUAUGGGGAAAGAUGGAGCAGACAAGCUGGCUUUGAGAAGCAGAAGAAUAGCUUGGUUUGGGAACAAUGGAAGAGGAAGAAUGACGAAGAAAAAAGAGCUGUCAGAAAUGACAGGAACAAGAAAAAGAAGGAGCCUUUAAAACAGGAGUUUAUGGAGAACUAUGAAAUGACAGCAGAGUUGGAUGAUCUCACAGAGAAAAUAAGGAAAUCUCAUCAGGAAACGUUCCCGUCACUCUGUCAGCUGGGCAAAUACACUACGAACUCUAGUGCAGAUCACAGAGUUCGACUGGACCUUGGGCUUUGGGACAAAUUCAGUGAACUUGCAACAAAGUGCAUUAUUAAAAUAGUGGAAUUUGCAAAACGGCUGCCUGGUUUUACAAGUCUGACAAUUGCAGACCAGAUCACUCUACUUAAAGCUGCCUGUUUGGACAUCUUGAUCCUUAGAAUUUGCACAAGAUAUACCCCUGAACAAGACACAAUGACGUUUUCCGACGGCCUUACACUGAACCGAACUCAAAUGCAUAAUGCUGGAUUUGGUCCCCUGACUGAUCUUGUGUUCACAUUUGCCAAUCAGCUCCUGCCCUUGGAAAUGGAUGACACAGAAACUGGCCUUCUUAGUGCCAUCUGCUUAAUCUGUGGAGACCGUCAGGAUCUUGAAGAACCAGCAAAAGUGGAUGAACUACAGGAGCCACUGCUAGAGGCACUGAAAAUAUACAUCCGAAAGAGAAGACCCAACAAACCUCAUAUGUUUCCAAAGAUCUUAAUGAAAAUCACAGAUCUACGCAGUAUCAGCGCCAAAGGUGCUGAACGUGUUAUUACCCUGAAAUUGGAAAUCCCUGGAUCCAUGCCACCUCUUAUCCAGGAAAUGUUGGAGAACUCUGAAGGGCAUGAGCCCCUGACCCCAAGUUCAACCGGGACAAUGGCAGACCACAGCCCCAGCAUCUCCCCAAGCUCAGUGGAUAAUACCAGUCAUGCCAGUCAGUCCCCACUGGUGCAAUAAGACAGGCUCCAGUGACAUUCCCAACCUGCUCUGAACAGGGACGACAGGCAAGAAUUGUUGUUAGUGCUGCUUGCUUUCUGGACUUUACACAGCCAUUAAAAUGCAACAAGGACCAAGAACUUUCCAUAUGUAUCUAUGAUAGGUAUAUUAUACACACAUGCCUUGCAGCUUAAGUAGAAACCACAAACUGUUGAAACACUAAACCAGCUAUUUCAUGAAACAAGAAACUAGCUAAGCUUCAGGUUUUUUUUUUAACUUCUGAACAUCCCCCCCCCCCCCAAAGACUGCAAGGUGACAAGACCGAUCUCAAACAAGUGAUUAAAAUUGUGGUUGUCCCUCUCUGCUGACUUGUACAUACAAAUAUAUGGGCCUGUACUUUCUAUACUGGAUGUUCGGUGCUUUCCUUUUUUUUUUUUUUGGCAUACAUUAAACAACCCAGGCAUCUUGCUUAUAAAAUGGACAACUUAUAAAGUUCUAAGAUGGAUGUUCUGAUUUAGUUAGGAUGAAAUCUUGUCGCUGCUCUUUUUUACUGGCCUCGGUUUGUAUUUCCUUCUUUUCCAGCAAAAAGAUACAAAGAAAUUCGCUGCACUAGCAGAAGAAGCUUCUGUGUAAGUGUAACUGCCAGAUCAGUUAUUUGGAUGUAAUUUGUCCCGCUGUUAAUGUCACUUUAAGAGUUACAAAGGGGUUUAUUACUUGGUUGACCUCUCUGCAUUUAAAAAAUACGAAAAGAUUUUACUUGGGUUUUAGCCUUCAAGGCAGAAACACUUUCCAGUGUUACAAUGUACUAUUUUGUUUAUUGGUUCACAAGCUAUUAGGGGAAAAAAUCUUCAUGGGAUCAUGAUGACUGGGCAUAAUCACUACCUCUGAGUUGGUGACACUAGUGAAAAGCGACUCUGGAGAGAAGACCCUUUCUCCGGCCCACAAUCCUCCUCUCCUCUCCGCCACUGGAAGGGGACCCAAAAGCAGAGGAGGGCACCUGCCUCGAAGACUUUGUUAAGUAAUCACCAUAAAACAGAGUGGAAAAUGUGGUAGAGUGGUUACCGUUUUUUAAAAGUGUCAGUUUCUUAGGUUUCAUUUAAAAGCACUAGUGGAUUUUUUUUAUAUAUAUUCUAGCAAGUCUGUGAUGUACUUUCACUGGCUCUGUUUGUACAUUGAGAUUGUUUAACAAUGCUUUCUAUGUUCAUAUACUGUUUACCUUUUUCCAUGGAAAUCUCCUGGCAAAGAAUAAAAAAUAUAUUUAUUUUAA